UCCAUUUCUUUCUUCAUCCAGAGAGAAACAAUAUAUAUACAUUAAUACAUAGUAUUUAUAAUGGCAAACUCCAUAGCAUCUUCAAAAUCUCACAAAAUUCAAAUAUUGCUCAGAAUUUUGGCCAUUGCAACAACUCUCUCUGCAGCAUGUAUUAUGAUCACUAACAAGCAAGUGAAGGUCGUCUACGGCAUCCAAGUCGACGCCCGAUACUCCUAUUCUCCGGCUUUCAAGUUUUAUGCAUUUGCAAAUAUCGUUGCAUCUGCAUUGGCAAUCUUGUCACUGAUUGUGGUGUUAUUGAUGGGGAGAAAGGCCGUGCACUCGGCUCACUACUUCGGCUUGUUCCUCCAUGACUUGAUUGUUACGGUAUUGUUGAUGGCCGGAUUAGGGGCGGCGAUGGGGAUUGCGUAUGUGGGGAAAUAUGGAAACUCACGCUCCGGUUGGAUGCCGAUUUGUGACCAUUUUGGGAAAUUUUGCAACAGAGGAGUUGUUUCUGUAGUUCUUGGAUUUAUGGGAUUUUUUGUUUAUUUAUUCCUCACUAUCAUCUCCGCCAACCAAUCAAGGAAAAUCCCAGCUUGAAUUUCAUACUCUUUUCUAUACAUAUGUAAGCUUUAUUUAUUACUCCACUAAUUUGCAUUUGUGAGAAUAUGUACGUUGUGUGAUCAAUUUAUUGUGGUUUAAUUUGGGCAGAUAAUCCAAUUCGUUGUAUGAUUCAUAAUUAAUAAAAUUGCUGUUUUCUAUUAA